AUGUCUCAUUGUUUAAUUACUAUAUUUUUCUUACUUGAAUUCAGCGAAGGAAGCAUAAUCGCCAGCAUAAACGUGAGCUUUCUUGCUAUAGAUGCACUGCAGCUCAUUUCUUUACAGGAAGAGCUGGCUGGAGGAACACUGGGCAUUACUCCAGCAGAACUACUCAACCUUUCUAGCAGUUAUGGUAAGGAUACUGCGAGUAUCACCGAGUUGAAAUCAAAUGGGUUGUGUUUCAUUCGCUCUUUGUACUUUAGCUAAACACCCAACUAAGUGAGUUUGCUGAUGCUGCGUUUGGCAGUUUUAUGCAUUUUCAAAUUUUGGCCAACGAUGUGAUUUUGCCAUUUCUUUGCUUAGUUUAUUCUAGCAAUAAUGCUAUAUCACUAGGGAAAAUGUACAAGAUAAGGCUAAUAUUCAUGAGUUAAUUUGGUUGAAUUGGGCAGCUUCUAAGGAACGAUUUCCUCUGAUUCCUUUAGUUUUGCGUUAAAAAGCUGAUCCAAAAUCCUGAAUACAUCAUCAAUUGUACGUAAUGUAAGCUACUGAGUGGUAAUCUCCUUUAAUUUGGUAUCAAUAAUUGUGCCGUACAAGGCGAAUUUAACUGUAGGGCAAACUCUAAAAGAGUAGUGUAGUGAAAUAGCCAAAAUGAUUGAGUAUAAAAAGUAGUCAAUUAGGAUAAUAGUUGCUUUAGUUGACUAGAAUUGCAGUUACGGAUGACUUUACUCUUUAUUUUUAUUAAAAGUACCAGGCGAGCCACCUGUAAUAUUGGAAGCAAUCAGCAACACCUCCACAUCUAUAGAAUUGAGAUGGACAGAGGUUACAGAGCUCUAUUCGAUGCCACUUUUAGGCUAUGUUAUAGUCUACAAGAAAAGGAAGGAAAAUUUUCGGGUAGAAUCCAUGAAAUCAGUGUUACCAAUGCCCCUUGAAGCAGCUGUAGAGGAUCUAGAGAAGUUUACAGAUUACAUAAUACGCAUCUAUGCUUUUACUAGCAAUGGUAAUGGUAUACCAAGUCAAGCUGUCGUAGUACAAACACAGGAGGACGGUGAGUUGUAGGCUAAAUUUCCGGGAUACGAACCCUUUUUUAUGAACAUUUGUUAUCACGGAUGAAGAGUAGAGGCGGCUGACAGAGGAGGGAUAUCAAUGUGUGCCUAAAUUCGUUAUUCCUCAGUUCCCACAGCAUUGUGGUCUAGCAAGGUAGAAUUGACAGGAAUUAAUUAACAUAUAAAACAGUAAUGUACAGGAAUUAACAAAAUGGGUGGGUGACUUUGGAAAUAAUGUCACUGUUUUAAUUAAUAUGAAAUUGUUCCGUUUUCCUUAGAUAUCUUUUGGGGCAAAAAUGGACAUAGUGAGAACUCCUAGGCAGAACUCGGGGUUGUCCUUAGUCUUAGAUAUCCAUGUGCACUCUUCUUCCCAGAGCCUCCUGAAAAUCUUAGCUGACGAGGCCUGAACACGACUUCACUACCAGACGCCCUUAGUCUUCAGAAAGAAGAGAGAGAGGAAAGGGUUUUUACUCACCCCAUUCGUUUUUGCUUUAUUUCUUUUCACUAGUUCCUAGUCAGACACCACCAAACAUUAUUGUCCAGUCAACAAGUUCCACAACGAUUGAUGUUUCCUGGCAACCAAUUGAUCAAGCCUAUGUACACGGAAUACUCCUCGGAUAUGAGGUCAGGUUUGCUAAGGAUGAUGGGUUACCGCUGCUCUGGGAAUCGAGACACGUACAUCCAAAUGCCCGUAAAAUAAUUUUAAGCGAUCUUUGGUACUACUCAAAGUACAAGAUAGUGGUUUGUGGGAAGACGUCUAAAGGUUGUGGAAAAGAAUAUCACGCUAUAACUUAUACGUGGGAUGAUGGUAAUUAUUCGUCUUUCUUGUUGUAUGUACCACGAAAAUCUUGCUUUUAAACUUCACAGCGAUUGUCCCGAAUGUGUCCAAAUUUAGAAAGAUCGUGUGUUAGCAUCCAAGAGAAAACGUCGCGGUGAGGACAAUUCACGUCGUAGUCGCGCAGUGUUGACAAAGAGAUGUACCGAAAAGUGUCUUGUACGUCUAUAGUUUUUUUGGCUUGUUCAAGCCUAUUACUUUUCCGACAUCCUCGUCUCCAUCGUUGUCGCUUCUGCUUUAGGGUCCUAAUUAACGCUUUUUAAGAAAUCAAUGGAAUCAGUCAACGUUGUCUUAAAAGAAGGUGUUUUCUUUUUCUUUUCUUUUCUUUUUUUUUUAAGUCCCCACCAGACCACCGCAGGGUGUCGUAGCGCAAAACCUUACAUCCGAAAAAUCGAUUAAUGUUAACUGGAGUCCAGUCCUUAGUGGCCAUGUCAACGGCCCUCUUCUUGGUUAUUCUCUCAAAUAUCAAAGAAUCAGGACGGCUGAGAGAGUAUUCGAAGAUAGAGAGGAACAUACACUGACUUUUAAGCCAGAGGAGCUUUCCACUGUCCUACAAGUUGAAACGUAUUCUACCUACCGAAUCCGAGUGGCUGCUUUUACACCGAAGGGACUGGGACCUUACAGUGACUACGUAUUAGCUGGUGAGCGUGUACAAGUUUCAAGACGUUGAUGACAGCACUGUUACUGUAGGCUUCCUCGUUUUUACAUCAACUAUUACUAGAUUUCUCCUUUUCUUAUCAGUUAAUAUUCACGACUGCCUUAUGCGCUUGUGCUUUAUCUUAUAGUAUCUUUUGAUUACUCUUGAAACAGCAUAUUUUGGACCUAAAAAGGGGCAUUUUACAAAUGCAUUUUAGCACAAUUUUCCGCAGACAAAUAAAAAUAGAAGCCGUGUAAUAUUUUAAAGCAUCGGCUUUCUAAGUAUAAAGUAUGUCUCAUUACGGAGUUUCUUUAUCAAACUAUAAUUCAUUGUCAAUGAAAUGCCCAAGAUCUUUUAAUCACGCUGACUUUAUUUUUCUUUCUUUUUGCUAUUAACAGAAACCUGCCGUUGUCCAAAAAUACUCUACACAAACUUCUGGGCAACAACGCCAUACCUUACGUUUAACAAAAACGAUAACAAACUCGAGGGAAUAUUUAGCGGGAUUAUCACUGACAUGGUUCACACUGCUUGCGGAAUUUGUCCCGCGCACGGCGACACCAUAAUCGACAUCUCUAACAACGGGAAGAGCGGACUUUCUGCUAAGAAAGAUGUGUUAGAAGUCCUUAAAGACAUCGAUGAUGUCCCAGAAAUAAGUUUUCCAAUAUACCGCAACAAAUAUAUCACCAAAUACUUGGGUGCCUACGCUUACAUCAAUAUUGUGGAAUCACCCGGGGUAGCAUUCCUUGCUGCUAGUAGACCUCCUGGUGGAGCAGCUAUGAACAUGGUAAUGGCAGUACUGCAAACAGUGCCUUUGAUUGUGUUGUCAGCAUGCAUGGCCUUCAUGUCUGGAUUUAUCGUAUGGUUUUUGGUAAGUCCUGAGAAAUCAGUUGCUAUGGUGAAGAGAGUCCUCGUCAUUUAUUGCAUGAGGAGAUUUAUUUCAGGCUGUAGAGAGCCAAAACUGUCCUGAGCAAUCAGAGGGUUACCUAAUUAGAAGGACCAAAAUAGAAAUUUACGAAGCAAUAAAGCACCCUCUCUUCAGGAAGGAAGGCCUUCCACAAUGCUGGUGCAAGCGACUGAAGCUUACUCCCUCCCCACAGAACUUGGGAAAAAUAAUUAGAAUCUGAUUACUUUACUGAAAAAUACACCACCACCGAUAAUGUCAUUGCCUUUGCCUUGAUCUCAUGAAUAAAAUGGUUUUGAAAUCUUGUAAUCUCCGUCACGUGCUAUAUUGUUUGAUGUUUUGUAGGUUGUUUAGCCAUGUUUAGGUCGAUGGACGUCUUGGUUUUUGAAAAAAAAAAAAAUCACCUGAUGUGACUCAAAAUCAAUGUGCCGUAACGGAAUAAUGAAAGCGCUAUUCCCAGUUCCUUCCAAAACGUAUUGCAGACAAUCUCUAAAAUUGUCCCAUUUCCGUUUCACUGAUUCUUGGCGAGCAAUUCAUGCAUACUAAAGAGGGCAAAGAAAAACUGCCACAAGUUGCAAAAACAUUUGAGACACUGUCCCUGAUUAGGCUUAUAUGUUCUGCCCAUGAUCUUGGGCUUGUGAUUCCCCUUCCUUCCCUUGUCAAAGUUGCUAGCAGGAGAGAGAGAUGGGAAAAGCCCCUUUUCGUUGGGAUGUGUCAAAAAAUGUUAUACUGAUUGUAGUUGUUACUAACCCUAAACGCAAUUCAGUUAUUUCGCUUCUCCUCAUUUUCUUAACUCCCUCGCCAAAACCUCCAACACCACCACCACCACCACCAUUUCAAGUGUUUUUCCUCCACCACCCCACCUCAUUUCUGUAGUCUGUCACCACCAUUACAACCACCACCACAACCGUCACCAAUUUUUUUUUCCUCCAGCGCCACAACCACAAGGAGGAGGAAAACGGAUAACAGCAAUGAAUGAAGGCUGAAGGAGGAAUUCUUUCAGUUCAUUUUUUUUUUGCCUUUAAACAUAUAACAUAAAAAUCAUCUUCACAUAGCCCUUUUUAAGACUAAAGAACAAAAAUCGUCUCAAGAUAUUGUCUGUAUUGUGCUCUUUGAUGCUUGCAUUUAUUUUAACCGCAGGACUCAAAAUUUAACCCUGAAGAAUUUCCGCCCAGUUUCUUGAAAGGAGUUGGCGAAGGUUUCUGGUGGUCUUACAUUUCCAUGACGACUGUAGGGUAGGUAUCAACAAUUGCAUUGUUGUACACCUCAGAUGUUCGUCCGAUAGUGAGCGUUCUCAUUGGUUGCUAUAAGACAAACGUCUUCGAGCAGGUGGAUAACAUUAAGCAAUCUUGCACGUUUGAGGGUAACAGCGCACUGAUUCUGGUACUCGCGAAUGUUGAUUGUUACUGUUGGAUCACGAAGGUUAUUUGUUGGAUAUAAAUAAUUGACGCGGUGAGGCCAUUGCGCUCCUCCAGGGGAUCAUUAAGGCUAAAUUUACGUAUCUUUUUCAUUCCUUUUAAUUUCUUGACUAAGCUUGCCAGAUAGACUACGAUUGUUGAUGAGGUAAUUCUAAGUUUUUGUUUGUUGCAAAAUGUGACAUAAAACAUGGGUGAAAUGAAUUUUUAAUUUCAAAGUGAAACUGAUAUCAUGUAAAAGACAUUUAGAAUUGGAGUGAAAUAUCGAAAGCUCUUUCUCGCUACUGUACGUUAAUUUUAGCUAUGGGACUUCAAAGACAUUUAAAAGCAGCCCUCGGGAAAACACUUUUCCUUAAAAAACAAUCCCUUUAAUUUAUUUUUUAUUUUAUUUUAUUUUAUUUUUGCAAAAUAAGACGAUUUCCGGGAAAAUAAACCUUUUAUAGUUUCCUAAAUUUUUAUCAUUUUAAGGUUUCGUUUCUAGACUUACAAACGCUUGUUUAAGCAAACCAAAGAAUGAUCACCUGACAUUUUUAUGACGUCACAAAACGGUUUUCUUGCGGUUUUUGCGCAGUCAGGAAUUUCCUUUUUCAAAAUUUUCUUUUUUCUUUAGCUUUCGACAAUAAAGAUCUGUUACGCUUAAAUUCAGAAUUAUUUUACAAGGGAGCAGCCCGUUUUUGAGGUACGAAUUUAUUAAAAUUGAACAUUUCAUGUCAGUUGAUGAUAUUUGAAUAGUUUGUAAUUUUGUUUCCUUGCGAGUUAAUUCCCUUUGAACAAAUUUCGAUGUGUUAUGACGAGGAUAAUGGAAUAGGUGAUACAUUAUUUGGGGGCUGUUUUGGCGACAAAAGGUGUAAGUAUCACCCAAAACACACAAAGAAAUAUCCUUCAAAAAAAAAAAAAAAAAAAAAAAAAAAAAAAAAAAAAAAAAAAAAAAAAAAGACAAGAUAAACAACAACGAUAGCAACAACGAAACAAACAUGAAUACACAUCUUUACAUGGAAAUUAAUUAAUAAAUAAAUAUACUUAGCGUGAAGUGCCAUAUUUACUUAUAUUUGUUGAUAGGUAUGGUGAUCGAGCGCCCAACUCUAUCAUUGGGCGCAUUUUUGGUAUAAUGUGGACAUUAACGGGCCUUGUUAUUAUCUCCAUUCUAAUUGGUGCAAUCGCUUCGUCACUCACAAGUGUUACUGUAGAGAGGGACGUUAUUCUGUAUGGUACAGAGGUAAAUCUAUAUGAAAAUAAACAAAAGAAUGAAUAGAUAAAGAUAAAUAAUAUGAAGUACAACAGCGUCUCGAGUGGCCCUUCGUCUGAGGUGAUUUGGAAAUGUUGGUUUACUAGGACGGAGGAGAACAUCUCGGAGCAAGGAGGAUGAGCAACAUCAGUCCUCUCAUCAAACUAAACCCUUUGGCGACCGCUUGCGAAUAGGGAAAACCAACUUUUUAAACUAAAACCUCCUUUUUGGAGCAUGCUCAUAUGCCAAGAUUGUGUGAUAUGCCAAUUUUCGAAUCUAUUUCGAACUUUGUUUCUCGAUCUCUAUUUCACUUUCCUUUUUUACAGACAGUUUUAUCCCCCACUUUAUUGCAUUUUUCUCAUGAAAUUGUGGCUGGCUAACUUUCCGGGAAAGGGACUAAUUUAAUUUGCAGCGAGUAAUUGAAUAGCAAAAUUGGCAGUGGAUUUUUCCCCGAAAUGUUACUAUAAAUUUUUUGUAUCUAACCCUGUCAGGAUUGUCUAGUUUUUCCAAAAUGAGUUACCUGUGGACAGAUCUAUCCUUGCUUAAUUAAUAUCUUAAACUGAAAGCUAAACGGGUCCAGGAAGGCUUAAAUAAUUAUAUGCAUCGUUCCACAUGGAGAUGAUCGAUUGCUCUUCCUUGUAUAGCCCUUUUUCACCUAUUUAACUAUCCCUAGGUCCUUUCUAGCACCAUCCACACCAUUAGCACAACUGAUACUAUAUGCAUAAGAAACACUGAAAUACAAAGACAACCAAAGACGUUGAAAUUUUCUCAGGUGACAAAAAACUAGCAUAUACAAAUUGUUUUUCUCUCCUUUAUCCUUUAUUUUAAAUAUCUUAUCUUAGGUAGGAGCGUUACGGGGCUCUGCAGAAUAUCGACUGGGUGUACUUCACAACGCCAAAGUUAAUACAAGUAAGUAUAUAGUCGCUAUGCCGCUGUUUUUUGUUAGUGUGCCGGCUCGCAAUUAUUGCUGCAAACAGCUAGGGUAUCUUAAAAAAAUUAACGGACAAUUAACAAAGCAUGAUGAUAAGGUUGAUUUACACAAGUUUAGAAAUAGAAAUUUUCUACACUGUUUGAAUUGUAACUAAAGCAAAGUAAGGCCAUUAAACUCCUUUUCUUUCUGAACUUCACUAGCUUCCAGUACAAAACAUCAGAAAUCAAAUACUGAUGUUCAUGCCUGAAAACGUAUGGCGAUCCAUCUUUUAGUUCUAAGGCACCUAUUAAACUGACAAACGCUGCAAUAGCCAUAGAAGGUCCAUAAAUCGCCUUAUGUUGCUACCCGCUCAUCGGAAAAUUCCUUCAUCAGAAUUAUGUUUGCCUAAAAACAAUAUCUGCCGGUAAAAUUUCUGCCUUUCCUUUCUUUUUGGUGAAGGUGUUUUAAAGCGGCAGGAAGUUUAAGAGCACCGUACCUACACUGCAUAAGCACUCGAUUGCUAUAAAUUGAUAUGAUUAGUAUUAAAAUUUAUGACGAUUAUUACUUAAUAUCAUAAAUGCAUAAUUAUUAUUCUAAAUAUUAUACGACAAUUGCAAUAGUUGUUUUGUUCUCUGUGUUGCCAUGAAAUACUUUUGCGUUACUUAUGGGGUUUACUAUUGGCCUGCAGAACGCCAGUAUAGCAAUGUGGAUGAUAUUCGAAUGGCAUUGGAAGAUGGGGAAAUCCAAGGAGCGUUGAUUGACACUUACGUCAUCGCUGAGCAUAAAGAAUCUCUUCUAAGUGACAGAAUUUUUGUCAAAAAAAUACUCGAUCGGCCAUUUGGUUAUGGGGUGGUGUUGUCAGGAGCUGCAAGGAAUGUAGAACUGAGAUGCAGGGAUUACAUCAACAUGAAAAUCACAGAUAUAUUUCAAAUUAUUCAGAAUACCACCAAGACAUUAGAUGUGAGUUAUUUUAGUAGUGCUUGAUUGCUACCGCUUACGGACCCAACGCCUGAUUUAUGAGAGCUUAUACACUCCCGGCCAAACAAAAAAAUAUAUUGUAAUAAAUAAAAACACGCACAUACUCCCCAAAAAUUAUAUAAACGAAAAGCAGAUGACCCAGAAACGAUGAUGAUAUAGCAAGUCGUGAUGAAUAAUCAGAAAAAUAAUUACUGUUUACUUACUAGAGAAGCAUGUUACUUACAUUUAAAGCCAUCCGGACGCACAUUUUGUUUGUUGCCUCUUAUCUUACGGAUGGAUUUUUUAAUGGCCACCACUUGGAAGUGAAUACAUUAAGUUUCUUCCAGUAAUUGUACAGUCUUAUUAUUCAAAGAUGUACCAUCCCUUCUUCUGUUCCUUGGCAACUUGCAUUUUUUGCGGUUCUUGCUGUUUUUCGACCUAGGCAGUAGCUCAGCUGUUUCUUUUUCAAAAAAUUGGUCGCAAAAAUGGGCAAACUGAUGGGCAAAUUUGCAUACUAAUUUACACGGGCUUGUACGUCAGGAGGCAAAUUUGGCAUUUACCAACUUUGUCCUUGACUUACUCAUCAGCUUGCACAUUUUCGGCGGCGUAUUUGCCAUUAGCAAAUGAAGUGGAAAUCCAUUUUCAAAAAAGCUGAGCUAACACAAAUCACAUCCUCCCAAAGCUGCUUCGGUUGCCGUGCUUUUUACUGGCAAAAGCGGCUGCACAAUUGAAGUCAUUAAUUUUAACAAUUAUCGGAAAAAAAAAUUCCAAGUUUUGUCGGCGCUAGCGGAUUAUUAAGAGUUAGAUGGGGAAUUUGAGCAAGUCAGAAACUGAAAAAUAUUUUGAAUGAACAACACCUGAAAAUAAUUCUCAAUUCGAUCAGUUCUUAUUGGUUAUGAAGAAUUAGCAGAGGAAUUUGAGCCAAUUGGAAAGGGAGAAAUAUUUUGAAUUAUUUAUCGAGGAUAUUACACGGUGGCGCGAAGAUAUGAAUUUUAUUUUCGAGUGGCAAAACAAUAUUUUACGAACGAGCGCAGCAAGUGAGUAAAAUAUUGUUUUUGCCACGAGAAAAUAAGAUUCAUAUCUUCAAGCNCCCCCCCCCCCCCCUGAAAUGACCUGUGGUUUUCUAAUACAACUGGUAUUCUGCAAAAGAAAAAAACUAUGUGGUUUAUUGGUGUUGAAGUAGAGCAAGAGACGAAUGCACCCCCUCCUAAAAAAAAUCCUGGAUCCGCCCCUGAUCGAUAAACUCACGUGUGAGAUUAUGGAAAAUAAACCACUCGGGUCCCGAAUGUAGUUUUUAUGAAUUUUAUGAGCGGUAUAUUUUCCAGUAAAACACUCGUGUCUAUAUAAUAAAAAUAAUUAUUUGAAAUAUUUCAAAAAUUAAUAGUUAUUGUUGUUUUAUAGGCACGCUCGGCAGAUGAAGAGGUCGAUGAAAGCACAGGAUUGUUUGACAGCUCGUCACAAAUGUUUCUUAUGUUAGUUGCUUCUCUGGCGGGUACCUUGAUAGUAGCUGUCGCGGUCGGCAUAUCGUAUCAUAUUUGCAUCUAUGUUCCGAGCAAAAACAAAGGUAAGAAUAAAAAA